AUGUCGAAUCUCAGAGCUUCCCGUCCACUAUCCGUCUCUCAGGCAGUUUCCCAGCGUCACAGUAUCCACUCUUUCAUCCGCGACCGACCAGUCCCACGGGAAACUUUGGAAGAGGUCUUCAGGAUUGCGCAAAACUCAGCGUCAAACUUUAACAUACAGCCAUGGGAGGUCAAGGUUAUCACUGGUGAGAAGUUAUCAAAGGUUCAAGAGAAACUCGUCAACAAUGUUCAAAGUGGCAAGCCCAUGCAAAUACCGGACCCUCCUGCGAAAUUUCGAGACCGAGUUGAAAAGCAAGGAAGUGUCCUCCAUGGGGAAGGUUUCGGGAUUGCGCGCGAGGACAAGACGGGUCGCCGCGAAGUGCUUAAACUCAACUUCAGAAGCUACGGGGCACCCUGCAUGGCUCUUUUUUGCAUGGACAAGGGACUCGCGACCGCCGACGUGGCAUCUAUGGGUAUCUACUUGGAGAACGUCAUUCUCUUGCUGUGGGAGCAAGGCUUGGGAUCGAUUCCUCAGAUGACUAUGGCAGGAUACCCUGAAGUUUUCAAGGAAGAGAUAGGCCUCUCCGAAGACUUACAAAUCAUCUGCGGGUUGGGUAUCGGCUAUCCCGACGAAGACGCCAAUGUCGUGAAGGUGAGAAUGCCAAAACGACGAUGGGAGGAACACGUCACUUUUUGGGAGUGA